UGGAAGUAGGAACAUAAAGCUUAUCCACAAUCCACAAUCAAAGUAUGAAAGUGACAAGGGUAACUUGCACAUGUAAUUAUAUCCAGCUCAUAAACCCAAUCAUCUCACUCUUCUUCUUCUUCUCUCUACAUAUACAGUCCCUUCAUCAAUUCCCACAUGUAACACACAACCCCUCACCACCACUUCACUCCAGAUUUUACCACCAUGAAGGCACUUAUUCUUGUUGGAGGGUUCGGAACUCGACUGAGACCGUUGACUCUCAGCUUCCCAAAACCGCUUGUUGACUUUGCAAACAAACCUAUGAUCCUGCACCAGAUUGAAGCUCUUAAGGAUAUAGGAGUCACCGAAGUGGUUCUGGCUAUUAAUUAUCAACCUGAGGUGAUGCUUAACUUUUUAAAGGAUUUUGAAAGUAAGCUUGGGAUAAAGAUAACAUGUUCACAAGAGACUGAGCCGCUUGGAACCGCAGGGCCCCUAGCUCUGGCUAGAGAUAAGCUAGCCGACGAAUCCGGUGAACCGUUUUUUGUUCUCAAUAGUGACGUCAUCAGUGAGUAUCCCCUCAAAGAGAUGAUUGCGUUUCACAAGUCUCAUGGUGGUGAAGCUUCAUUAAUGGUGACCAAGGUUGAUGAGCCUUCAAAAUAUGGUGUAGUUGUAACGGAGGAAUCAACCGGGAAAGUCGAAAGAUUCGUCGAAAAACCAAAAAUAUUUGUGGGUAACAAAAUCAACGCCGGGAUUUAUCUUUUAAACCCGUCUGUUCUUGAUCGAAUCGAGCUCAAGCCCACGUCAAUCGAAAAAGAAAUUUUCCCAAAAAUCGCAUCCGCAAAUCAGUUAUUCGCUAUGGUUUUACCCGGGUUUUGGAUGGAUAUCGGUCAGCCAAAAGAUUACAUCACCGGAUUAAGACUAUACCUCGACUCGUUAAGAAAGAAGACGCCAUCCAAACUGACUAGCGGGGCCCACAUCUUAGGUAACGUUUUGGUUGACGAGGGUGCGAAGAUCGGUGAAGGGUGCUUAAUCGGGCCCGAUGUUGCAAUCGGGCCGGGAUGUGUGAUUGAGUCAGGCGUCAGACUCUCCCGGUGCACCAUAAUGCGUGGGGUCCGCAUCAAGAAACACGCUUGUAUCUCGAGUAGUAUAAUAGGGUGGCACUCGACUGUCGGUCAGUGGGCCCGUGUUGAAAACAUGACUAUUUUGGGAGAAGAUGUUCAUGUUGGUGAUGAGAUCUACAGCAAUGGUGGUGUGGUUCUGCCACAUAAGGAGAUCAAGGCUAGUAUCUUGAAGCCAGAGAUAGUUAUGUGAAAGAUCAUUUUGUGUUCAUGCUAUAAGAUAGUUGUGAUGAUGUGGUUUUUUUUUUUUUUUUUUUUUUUUUUUUUUUUUUUGUCAAGUGUGGUUUGCUUUAAUCUUCAACAAGUGUAUGUUCUCUUGCAAUUUGUAAUUUUGUGGUGUAAAUAGAAUAAUAAUGUGUUCAUAUGGAUAUUAUUUAUAAUUUUGUUUAAA